AUUGGUGUUCCCCAUCGAAAGCAACUUGCAGUUGAAAUGAAAGCCUUGAUCACGUUCUUGUUACUGGGCAUGUGCCUAAUUGCCAGCCAGGCUGUGGUUGUGGAGGAGAGCGUUGCAGAUCUUCUGAAGGAUAAUGCCAAGGGCCUGGAGGUGGCCAAUGGACUUCUGUCUCAAAUCGCAACGGUCAGCCAGGAGACACAAGUUGGCCUGAGCGAGCAAAAGGAUGCUCUGAAGGCACUGUCUCUCGUCGGAGAGUUGCUGGCUAAGCUGAGUUUCGCCUUAGAUUCGAGCUCCAAGAACCUGGUGGCCACUUUGCUAAAAAUCUCCCAUGAGGGCGAAGUCUAUGGAAAUCGCACAGAGGCAGAACUCCAGGAACUGGCUCGCCUGCAGGAAGCCACCAAGGAGGUGCUCAAUGUUGUGGCGGCCAAAGUGGAUGUCUAUCACAGGAAUGCGCUCCGCAAUACCGGCAAUAUUGCUCAGAAAGUCGAUGAUCUGGCCAAACUGAUUAGCCGCACCGUGCUGCCCCAAGUUAGCGGCCUGAAAUGCACCUUCAACAGCCUGGAAACGUCGCAAAUAAAUGUCGAGGUGGAACUGAAGAGUUUGGCUGGAGUAAGGGAACUCGCUGAGAGCUCCAAUCGCAAAUUGGAUGUGCUGGAGUCCCAAUUGAAGCAGCUGAAUAAUACGCAGGAACAGCGCCUGGACAUCCUGAUCGAUGCAGUGAAGCAUCUGCGGCCUUUGAACCAGUGGAAAGUGGAGACAGUUUUGCGUGAACUAAUCAUUUCCCAGAAACGGAUCGAAUUGGACUUGGAUGACUGCAGCAGGCCCCCUCCCGUUCCCCAUCAUGACCAUCAUGACCAUUAUGACCAUCAUGACGAGUCCUACCUGCCCACUUAUGGAGCUGAGGUUCCCAAGCCGCAAUAUGCCCAACCCAAGCCAAAGCAGGUGGAUCUGGAGCAGGUGUGGAGCAUUAAGGAGCCAUCAAAGGAGGGCGAACAAUCACGCAGCCAGAGAGUGAGUGCAUAUGCAGAGGCACCGGAACCAAAAGAAACCCAUCACAGCUCCAGUGCCGUGUCCUGGAGACCAUCUCUGCCCUGGGAGACAGUCCCUCCCCGCCAAACCGCUCCCAUUAACCGACCUCAACCCUGGCAUCCAGCACCUGCCUAUGGCCACAACCCCAAGCCUAAGCCGAAACCUCAGCCCAGAGAAGACCCUUACGCUUCUGGAUCCCAUAAUCCUGAACCCCACCAGCCGAAAUCUCAGCCCGCACAAGCCCAUAAGCCUCAGCCCAACCACCCACAAUCUUAUCAGGAGCAAGUUUACAUUCCACAACCAAUCCACUCCGGGGAGGCCUUUAGGAUUUGGUACGGAGAGGGUUCCGACUCCCAAGGUUACUAAAGUUUCAACCAGCGAGCACAAAUCAAUUGAUUUUCGAGACCGAUAAACUUUGCAACAAUUUUUAGAGCACUUUUAUAAAAAAUUUGUAUCACCAUUUUUACCAAUUUUGUAUAUAUUCGAUAACAGAUAAUAAAACUGAAAAAAACUCUAUAAA